ACCGCGGUCUCCUCUCUCUCUCUCUUUCCUUCCCUAUCCUCUCUCCCUUGGAUCUCCGCCGCAGCCGCGCCCGCCAUCCCCGGAGGAGACUCUACCUGCUUCAGUCGCGCAAACCCUAAGAUUUUGGAUCGGGCCAGACCGUUCCUCUCUUUGUAGGCUAAAUAUGACAUGAAAUCCAAAUUGACUUGGGACCAGGUCUACUGCAGGGCGACGUUUAAUCGCUAAAUCGGAAGACGAGGGUUUGUCGAGGUGGCGAGCAGUGUUGAUGGCUUCCGUUUCUGCUUCGUCUUCCGUCCUCAGGAUCUCUUAUCCUCAGGGGAAUAGCUGCAUUGGGAAGGUACAAAGGCUGCAGUUUAUUAAUCCUUCUGUGAAUAGGAUAUUUUCUAAUGCAACAACAAUCAGCCUCAAGAGAGCAACAUGUUUUGCUUUGCAAGGAGAUGGGGGUUUUCAGACAAUAACAAGGUCUGAUGAUGAUGACAUCCUGUCCCAUCCUAGUGAUACUGUCAAUGGAGAUAAAAAUACAUCAGUUGAUAGCAUGCUUCAAGCAGAUGACGUUGCAGUUGGUACAAAUGCAGCUGAUGUGGCUUCUGUAACUGAUGAGUUUUCUAGUUAUGACGACGAAGUUGACUUAGAUUACCCUACUGAAGGGUUCUCCUCAAUCCCAGAGGCCAUUGAAGAUAUUCGUCAAGGCAAGUUUGUCAUUGUUGUAGAUGAUGAAGAUAGGGAGAAUGAGGGAGAUCUUAUAAUGGCUGCAUCGAAGGUUACUCCAGAAGCUAUGGCUUUUAUUGUAAGACACGGGACUGGAAUUGUGUGUGUAAGCAUGAAAGAAGAAGACCUGGAGAGGUUGCAUCUUCCUCUUAUGGUAACAGCCAAGGAAAAUGAGGAGAAACUCUGCACAGCUUUUACUGUUUCAGUGGAUGCUAAGAAUGGUACAACAACCGGGGUCUCUGCUAAAGAUAGGGCUAAAACGAUUUUGGCUCUUGCAGAUACUUCUUCAAGACCUGAGGACUUCAAUCGCCCUGGCCAUAUAUUUCCCUUAAAGUACAGGGAAGGGGGUGUAUUGAAAAGAGCUGGACAUACAGAAGCGUCUGUUGACCUCACUGUCCUUGCAGGGUUAAGUCCUGUUGCAGUUCUUUGUGAGUUGGUGGAUGAAGAUGAUGGUUCGAUGGCUCGUUUGCCAAAACUUCGUGAAAUUGCAAAGCGGGAGAACUUGAAAAUCAUAUCGAUUGCAGACUUGAUUAGAUAUAGGAGGAAGAGAGAGAAGCUGGUGGAGCGUGCUUCAGUCGCACGCUUACCUUUAAAAUGGGGCAAUGUUGAAGCAUAUUGCUACCGAUCAUUGCUUGACGGGAUUGAGCAUAUUGCCAUGGUGAAAGGUAACAUAGGAGAUGGGCAGGAUAUCUUAGUGAGGGUACAUUCUGAGUGCCUCACGGGAGACAUAUUUGGAUCAGCUAGAUGUGAUUGUGGUAAUCAAUUAGCCAUGGCCAUGGAGCUGAUUGAAAAGCACGGAAGGGGUGUGCUAGUUUACCUUCGUGGUCAUGAAGGAAGGGGCAUUGGACUCGGUCACAAACUCCGUGCUUAUAACUUACAAGAUGCUGGGCGUGACACAGUGGAAGCCAAUGAAGAGUUAGGAUUGCCUGUAGAUUCAAGGGAGUACGGCAUUGGCGCGCAGAUAUUGCACGAUCUUGGCGUUCGGACAAUGAAGUUGCUGACCAACAACCCGGCAAAAUAUAGCGGGCUCAAAGGCUAUGGGUUGAGCGUGGUUGGAAGAGUCCCUUUAUUGACUUUAAUAACCAAAGAGAACCAAAGGUAUCUAGAGACCAAGAGAAAAAAGAUGGGGCACAUCUAUGGAACUGAAUUCAACGGCCGCUUGAUUGCUUCACCUGAAAAUAAAGACAGCGACAAGGAGCAGCCAUCUUCAUAAUGGGAAGGAAAAUAAUGUUUUGCUUUGAAUAAACUUUGGUAAUGUUUCGUUGUAUUCUUCUCUCCCUCUUGCAAUUUUGCAAUAAGAUUAGCACGUCAGUUGUUUUCCCCAAACAAUUUUGAAUCAGAAGAAGACUGUGUGAUGACACAAAGCUAUCCAAUUCUUUUAUCAUGGAAAACAUGAUAACUAUUAGCA